CCAAUAUUAGAGAAUGAGAGAUGAGGACUUGUGCUUAGUCGAGGAGACUGAUCAACCAAAUGUCUACCUCGAUCCAGGUGGCUAUACUGUACUUGUGCACUGCAGGCAAAUGCUAUAUAUUUGUGGUGUCUCAGAGAUGCAUACACAUUUAUGUACCUGCAGU